AUGUUCGGAAUCAUCAACUUGCCUAGUCGCUCAACCGGCACUGUGUCCAAUGCUUCAAGUUCCAAGAAGCGUUACGCGCCCAUUGUUAACGAGCUUCUCCAAUUACUCGACAAAUCGUUUCCUUAUGCUUCUGGAAUGGAGGCCCUAGAGCAAGCUAUCCAAUCUGCGCUUCAGUACAGGAUUGUUGAGAUGGAAAGCUACGGACUCACCUCUGCUAAAGGAUUUUUAAACUUUGCAACCUGGAUGGUCGAUGGUUGGAUACCCACCGAAUCGGCAAAGGGUAGAGAUAUCUACUAUAUCUUGUGCAUCUUCUAUUUCGUGUUCGACCAAGUCCCGCUCAAGGAUUGUCAAACUGCGAUUAGGCCCGAAUCUGUGGGGCAGGAUCUGUCCGAGCUCUCCCAAUGGAUGGUGAAGUUUGCCAAGGAAGUUGGAAGCCACAUGGACCGACCGGAGUCGCUUAACGAAGCAUCACUCACUUCUUUCUGGAAUGCUCCAAGCUUCCAUGUGUUCGAGGCAGAUGAAUCCAAGACCGAAGGGGGAAAAUGGACAAAUUUCAAUCAAUUUUUUUGUCGUCAUCUCAAGGACGGCGCACGGCCCAUUGAUGGCGAGGGUGACGACAACAUUGUCAUUUUCCCUGCAGAUUCAACCUUCUCCGGUUACUGGGAUAUCACUGACGAGUCGAUGGUCGAGCUGAAAGGUCUACCAUGGCAUAUAGGCGAUCUCCUUGGGCCAUACAAGUCCGACUACGGCGAGUCUUUCAAGGGCGGGAUCUGGUUGCAUUCUUUUCUGAACUCAUUUGACUAUCAUCGCCAGCACGCGCCGGUGGGAGGUACUAUCAAAGUCAUCGACACUAUUGAUGGCGCGGCCUACCUAGAUGUUGCGUAUCAGCCUGAUAGUCGGUCAUUGAUGCCAAAACGCCCUAUGCGUCCUAUAUACUCCUCGGGGCCUGUUUACCGGGGAGCGGAGGCGACGGAUAAAGAAGGAUACCAGUUCCUGCAAGCACGAGGGAUCAUCAUCAUAGAGAAUGACAAGAUAGGUACGGUUGCUGUUUUACCGAUCGGAAUGGCACAAGUCUCGUCUGUGGUGGUCAGGGACGACCUCAAGCCAGGUGCCACCAUCAAUAAAGGUGACGAAAUCUCACAUUUUGAGUUCGGUGGCUCGGAUAUUGUGGUGAUGUUUCAGGGCGGAAAAAUAGACCCCCAUACUCUCCCACAGCCAUUAUCACGCAAAAGCGAAGAGCCUUUGUAUGAGCACCAUAACUAUGGAGAGAUGCUCGCUAGGGCCAAAACUCGGCACGCUGGUGAAAGAUCUUGGCCUCAUCGUCUCGCAGAGUUGAGAAAAAUUUGUUUCUCUCAGUAUUUAAUUUCACUGAGGGGGCUGUUAACCAUGCCACCUCAAACCCGAGCAAUCCAACAUAGCGAAAGUGUGGGGGAGAAAAAGCGAAAACCUGUGCGCCGUGACCCGGAGAAGAGGCGGCAACAGAACAUUCAAGCCCAACGCAGAUACCGAGAAAAGCUCCGUGAGCGCUUAGGUCGUCUCGAAGCGCUGGCAGAGUCUGCGGGACAGACCUCGGCCGUUGAAAGCACCCCGGCUUCGGGCAUACAACCAAGUGGGGCGAUCACAGCGCCUGGCCUACCCAUCGCUUCAAGUACUAUCGUUCCAAAGACCCUUCCACUCUAUGAUGCUUCGGAUGUAUCGGUUCCGUGUACAUCUGUGGCGACCCUUAGUAAUUGCCAGCAACUUAUCCCCAUCUCAGAUGGGAGUCCGCCGACAUUACACACAUCAGACUCCCCCACAAUACCCUAUCUAUAUUCUGAUGAAUCUCCCUCAACAAUAAGUGCAUGGGAUCCUCCAUCAUGUGUGGAUCCUUCUCUUCUAGUUCGUGAGAAGCCCAGUGAUAGCCUGGAGCUUUACUGGACAACCACCAUUGACUGCGGCUGUACCAGUCCGCAUUUCCGAAUACAGACAGACGGUCCUGACCUUCUCGGCCGUAAUGAAGUCAGGGUAUUCAGGUUCGGCGCCAAUACAACUACAGCCGAUCCAUAUAUCAAUAGUCUCCGGAUUGAUAGAGUUUGCACCAUCGCCGCAAUUAUUGAUCUUGUUAGGCAUUUAGGCAUUACGGAGGAAGGGUUAUGUGCUGACCAAUCUCCCUCGCCAUUCUUUCGGCCCGGCGCAGUGAUGGCAGACGAUACAGCCAAGAGCAAAUUGAUUCGCACUGUACAAGAAACAUUCAAGAAUUUAAAGCCAGAUCUGAGGCCAUCUCAAGAGCAAAUCACUAUCGAGCACCAUCCGAUCAUAGACAUUCUACCUUUCCGAACGUUACGGAUAAACCUCAUCACUCGCCAGCACGAUAUAGAUGAGGAUGAGUUCUUCGACGAUAUGCUUUCUGGCUUAGUAUGCUGGGGAGGUGCUGGCAUUGGGAAGAGGGAUCGGCAAGUCUCCACUGGGUAUGCAUCGACAGGUACGCCAUGGGAUGUCCGUAGUUGGGAGGGAAAGGUGUGGUUUCUGAAGAAGUAUUGGACGCUUUUGGGUGGUGAAGAUGGUGAACUCGUACGACAAAGUGAAUGGUGGCGCAGUAUCAGAGGAGACGAAAGUGAGAUGUGGCUAGGAUAGGAACUAGCUGCGUGACAUGUAAAUGAUUUCCGUGUCAUGGAUGAUACAUGCCUCAGAUUCCAUCAGGUAAAGAUUGUACAAAUAUCAUAUAAGAUCUUGCUCUAUGCUGUCAGACGAAGGUGGAC